AUGCCAAUCGAUCAAGAAAAGUUAGCCAAGUUACAGAAACUUUCAAAUACCAAUAAAGUUGGGGGCACCAGAAGAAAAACAGCAAAGAAGACAAAUUCAUCGUCAGCUGCUGCUGCCAAGGAUGAUACAAAAUUAUUGAGCCAACUAGCUAAAUUCAAAGCUGUCACACUGGAUAACAUAGCUGAAGCCAACUUUUUCAAAGAAGAUGGGACUGUUACUCAUUUCGAUAGAGUUGGUGUCCAAAUGUCUCAAGAAUAUAAUUUGACUGCCGUGUAUGGUAUUGCUCAGGAGAAGAAACUUGAUGAAAUGUUUCCAGGAAUCAUUCCACAAUUGGGUGCUGAAGCUUACAUGGCUUUAAAUCAGUUAAAUGAAGCAUUCAAAAUGGCCGAAAAAGAAGAAGGUAAAGGUGCAGUUCCAGAAUUAGUUGAAGAAUGA